AUGAGCUUGAGAGUGAGCUUGGCCUGAGCCUGCGCUUGAGUCUGAGUUUGAGCCUGAGCAUGAGCAUGAGCCUAAGCCCGAGCUUGAGCCUGAGCGGAAGUCUGAGCCUGAGCUUGAGCCUGAGCCUAAUCCUAAGCAUAAGCAUGGCCUUGAGCUUGAGUAUAGGCCUGAGCAUAAGUAUGAGCAUAAGCCUGAGCUUAAGUUUGAGCUUUAGCUUGAGUCUGUGCAUAAGCAUGAGCUUGAGCCUGACCCUAGCCCUGGCCCUGGCCCUGGCCCUGGCCCUGGCCCUGACCCUGACCUUGACCCUGACUUUGACCCUGACUUUGAGCCAGAUCCAGAUCCAGAGUCAAAGCCAGAGCCUGAGCCUGAACCUGACGAUAUUAAAGAAUACAAAUUUCAGUCCAAAUCGAUUCGAAGCGGCGGAGUCAGCGCUUCGAUGAGUCGCUUCCUUCAAAUCCGCGAUCAGUACUCCCGAAUCUUUGGCCGCCGCUUCCUCAACAGUCAGUUGUCGCUGUACCUCGGGCUGCUCCAGUUGUUGGUCUGCAUUUGGGCCUUGUUUCAGCAUGUGUACAGUAUUGUUAACUUUGAUCAGGUAGGUGUAUAUUUUUAUAAGGGGCUAUAGAAAAAAAGGAGGGGGGGGGGACAAUUUUUGGAGAGAGAAGGCGACCUUACCUACCCUGAGGGGAAGUUUUGUUAAAAUUUUUUUUCGUAAAAACUUUGUUUACACGCUAAAAUCAAGAAUUGUAAAAGCACAAACAUUUUUAAUGAACUCCUUCGGAUGUUUGAUUAAAAACAAUAACAUUAAGCCAUUUCUCUGUAAUUCAAAUGUACCGGAUGUCUGGUCACUAAGUCUUUUGGCCCGUGUUCGUCUGAGAUUAAAAUCUUGACGUUUGGCGGAAGUAAUAAUUGAAAUUGUAGUCAAAACGCAUUUUCUUGGUAUUUAGUCUUGCUUUAGCCUUGGCCUUAGCCUGAGCCUUAGCCUUAUCUUUAGCUUUAGCUUUAGCCUUAGCCUUAGCCUUAGCCUUAGCCUUAGCUUUAGCCUUAGUUUUAGCCUUAGCCUUAGUUUUAGUCUUAGCUUUAGGUUAACCUUAGUCUAAGCCUUAGUCCUAGCUCUAGCUCUAGUUUUAACUCUUUUCUACUGUACCUUACCCUAGAUCAAUUAUAAAUUAAUCAAAUAUGUUCAAGUAUAAGCCUUAGCUCUAGCUUUAGUCUGAGCGCUACCUCUCAUCUACCAUUGCUAUAUCCCUGCGGCACCCGGUUUACCCAUUUCUUACUUUUGCUCUACCGCUAGUCUUGUCUUCGUCUUACAUUCUGACUAUUUAUAUAUAAAGACUAUAAUAACAUUAAAAAAACUGAAACGCCAAGAAUUCAAAAUUUAAAUAAAAUUUCACAUUGCAAUUCACACUGAUGUCAUUCUCUUCAAUUACAGUUAUUAUCUUCUUCUGCAAACCAAAAAUUAAAAUUUUACCAUGAUGUUAAAAAUAACAAAAAAAAAUAAUUAAGAGUAUUCACCUUCUUUUCGGGAAAAUUAAGGCUUAUUUACAUUUGAGAGACUGACGUAUGUUAAUAUUAGCUUGGGAAAAGACGACUGAAAAAAGGAGAGUAAGGAGGGGAAAAAUUAAAGGCUACAGAAUUAAAAAAAAACUAAACUACAAAACUGAUUUUUUGCUGCAGUUUUUGUUUUUUUUAAGUUAAGGUACUUUUCACAAAAUUUUAAUUUUUUAUUUGAGAGGGGGGGGAGAAGUGGAAUUUUUGAAACAAGUAGAGUUAGAUGUGUACAAUUAGGUAAGCAGUGUGAAGCGACGGCAGGGUAGGGUACUAUUAUAUUUAGUCCGUCUAAUAAUAAACACUAAUGAAUGUCAUUCUUUUUAUGAGAUUGGAUUAACCACACCAGCUGGGUCUUUGUAAUUGAUUUAUUAUAUACAAAAAAUGUCAUUCAUAUAAAACAAUAGAAACAUUUACAUUUUUGGCAUUAUAAAAUGACGUUUAAUAAUUUUAAAUUUAAAAAUUCAAGAAGAGUUUUAAAAUUUCAAAAAAAAACGAAAAAAAUUAAACUUAUCAAACCCGAGCCUAUACCUACUGACAAGUUUAAGUUGAUCCCAGCUUAUAAAGCCUAUGUUUAAUGAGCUCAAGCCUCAAAACCUCAAUGACGUCAUUUAAGCCUGUCGACCUAACUCUAAACCUAACUCUCUCAGCCUAAGGUCUGAAGCUUAAGUCUGUAAGCUUCAGCAUACUUAGCCUAAUGUAAGCUUACUAAGCCUAAUUCUUCAAUGACUAAGGUUUAAAGUCUAAGCCAAUAGAUUUUGGCUUCUAAGCUUAAAUCAGGAGCCUAAAUUUUUAAAUCCCAGGUUUUAAGAUUAACUACUAAGCCUAAGCCUCAAGUCUAAAAUCUUUAAACUUAAGAUUCUAAGCCUAAACUUGUUUAAGUUUUAGCUCAUUUAGAGUAUGUCUACUAAGCCUAUUGUUUCUACGCUCAAGCUUUCUUAAAGCUUAGUCUUAAGGCCUAAACCUAAGCAUACUAUCUUCUUAAACUAUAUCCUUCAAAACUUGAGUCUUCUAAGCCUAAGCGUUCUAAAUUUAAAACAAAAUUUAAAAAAUUUAAAAUUUAAAAAAAUUUUUUUUAAUUUAAAAUUUAAAUUUUCAGAUUUUAUUCUGCGACUUCACGCCAAACUCUACACUGCCAAUGAUCUAUACGGGUGUGGAUGCGAUUAUAUUUGACAUUGGUCUGUUCCACUCGUUGUGGGGUAUCGAUGGCUGUGUAGCGCAGCAUCUGGAUGGUGGGUAUGGUCGUUUCGGGUGGUGUGUCACACAUAUCGCGGUCUUUUUGUUAUGCCUGCCGUUCGCCUUCGUCAACCGUCCACGGCCGUGCUUCCUCUGGCCAUUGCUGAUUCAGGUAAGGGUGGGGUAGGGGUACAGUACAGUUUUGAAAAAGUAGGGUGGGAUGGGGUAGAGUAGGGUAGGGUAGGGUUGAAAAUUAAAAAAAAUUUUUAAUUUUAGCAAAGUAUCUACGGAAUUGGACUACUGAUUCUCAGUCUAGCUGCCCUGCCCAGAAUCUUGCCAACCUUUAUGGGUGAUCUGAAUAAUGCUCCAAUGACGGCCAUCUUCACAUAUGUGAUGGGGACGUGUAUGAACUUUUUUUUGGUAAGGACUUUCUUUACAAAACAAAAAAUGGCAAGAACUUUCUUUACAAAAUGAAAAAGCAUGUUUGUCGUAUAACGUGUCACCCGCAGGCUGUACAAAGCUGUUUGCUCGUUUUCAACGGGAUAUGGAAGAAACUUUCUUUACAAUACAUAAGAACGUAUUUUUCGUAUAAGUUGUCACCCGCAGGCUGCACAAAGCUAACUUUGCUUGUUUUCAACGGGAAAUGGCAAGAACUUUCUUUACAAUACCAAGAGCUACCAUAGUAAGCUAAUUUCUAAGCUUACUCCCACUAACCCAAACCCUAUUUCAGCUGUACGUCUAUUGGCACUGGUACUGGCACGUUGAGGAGGAAUGGGACUCGGCACGAAAGCUGCGGAACGGCGAGGUAAUACCAAACAGUACCAAGCGUACCAGUCCGUCAAAACGUAAACAUCCGAUUGUGAAUCAGCCCUCGCGGACGGUUGGGAAUGGAUACACCACCGAUCGUUUGAUUCUGGUGGACGAUGAUAGUCAGGCUCCAGAGUUGGAGACUAAGCUUCGCAAUGGCUAUGGGGUGAAUGGUACUAAUGGCGCUAAGUUUGGUCAAAAUGAUACUAAUGGUGCUAAUUUUGGUCAAAUUGGUACUAAUGGUGCUAAACUGGGAAUUGUUACUGAUGGUGGUACAUUUGGUGAACAUGGUACUAAUGGUACUAAAAUGGGACUCGAUAACACAAACUUGCGUGAAAAUGGUACUGUGUCAGUACUGAGUAGUACUAAUGGUACCAAACUAGGAAAUGGCUUCAAAAACGGCAAUGGUCAUGUAGGUAAUGGCAAAAUCAGCGACAACAUGAUGAAUCGACGCGUUUCAUUAAUGAAAAACGAUGACAAAUCAGCUACAGUAAUCUGGGAUGACCGUAAUACUAAAGAUUUUGCAAAACAUUACAGUAGGCCACCGUAUGACCAAACUAUAGUAGAUGAAGAAGGCGUGGACCAACUCAAUGAACAUAAUGUAUAUCAACAUAACCAUCGUUCUCAUCAACUUGGAAUAGAUGGUGAUAGUGGGUACCGUGGUACGGUAGAGGGGUAUCACGGUGCUGUAGAUGUGUAUGGUGGUACGGUAGAUCCUUACCAUAGUAAAGUACAAAAUGACACUGCAUAUCAUCAUAGUACUGUAGACCCCUACCAUAGUACUAUCAAUACCCAAGAAAAAGAUCAUCCCAGAAACCCAUCGUUCCUCACGGACAAACGUCUACCGUACUACCUAAAAUCAGAAUCCCCCGGCUCCACAGCCUCGUCAUGUAGCUCCAUUAUGGCUCGACGGAAGCUACCACAACAUGGCAACAGUAGACUAGUCCAAAACACAUAUCAUCGACAACAAACCCUACCGGUCGGUUCAUCACCGUCCCAGGAUUCCAGCAUCAGCGUGACGAUUCUGAAUACACCGUUGAAUAACGAGAGUGUAGCCAGCUACGGUACUGAAGGGACUUUGUUGACAGGUUACGGUACUGAUGGGACGUUGUUGAGUGCUACGGGGCAUGGUAGACUUCAUGGGGAGGGUAAAGGUUACGUUAAUCUUCAUGGAGAUAAUCAAGGUUACAGUAAUCAACAUAGUAGUGAUAAAGACUACAGUACUCACUAUAGUAAAGAAAAACCGAUAGUACCAAACACAACUCCAGUACUACGACCAGCACAUAGUCAUACACCAAUAAGCCUCAGUGCUCGAAAAUUGUAUUAUACUGAAAAAGGACCAGCUUCAGAGUACGAUACACGAUACAGUAGACUCAAUUCGACUGGUAAACAACAUACGAUACUAUACAAUCCCAAGUACAGCUCGACCGUAUCUAAUGAGAUACUGAAACAGCACGAAGCUAUGAAAAACGCUCAAGGUAGUAGUACUAAUUUUUCUAGUACCGUACUUAGUAGUACUAAAGACCCUCAAGGUGGUACUGCUUUAAGUACUGGUCAGAAUAAUACGAAAAAUGUGCAAAAUUGCACCAAAACUGAUGUCCUACCUCGUACUCUAGCACAGUCGAGAAUGCGACUAUUGAGAAAGUACCAGUCUACUGAACAGUACAUGUCCCCAGUACCACAAGUACAACGUCCGUACUCCCACAGUCUGCACAGUAGUUUUGCCGAAGAGAAUGAGUACGAUACUGUACAUACUCCAGACAUUGACAUUCAUAACCGACUGUUUGAUACUCAACAACAAAGUACCAGUGGUAUGUACAGUACUGUAACACAUGGUCGUCCUACUGUAGGUCAGGGUAAUCAUACUGUAAGUCAGAUACAUCAUACUGUAUUAGACAGUUAUCCUACAGUACCUCAGAAUCACUCUAAUACAGUAACUAAAAAUUACCCUACAGUAGGUCACGGUCAACAUACUGUAGCCCAAGGUUAUCCUACUGGGCCAAAUUAUCAAAGUACUGUACAAAGUUAUCAACCUACUGUACCAGGCAGUCAUUCGAAAAAUCUGCAUUCCACAGUACCCAGUCAGUAUCAUACCGUAAUCGACAGUAGACGCCCUACAGUAAACGAUCAUAGACACCCUACAGCCAUUGAAACAGCACUAAACGAGAUACCGUACUUUGGCCAUACAGUACGAAAACCAUCAGCACAGUCUUCAGUAUAUUCAUAUACUAAGACUAGUUCACCAAACUUUAGUCCAGCUAUGAGUCUAUACAGCUCGGUUAAGUAUCCUAGUCCAGAAGAAGGGAAUGAAUAUACUACUACCUACGAGGCUUACGGUACUGAUAGGGUCAAGUACGGUAGUGAUAGAGAACACAACAAGUAUGACACUAAUCAACAGUACAACAAGUACGGUACUGAUAAACAGUACGAUACUAUCCAAGAAUACCCACUAAACAUAAACUACAAUACCUACAACGAUAUGCAAGGUACUGUACCUUUACCAACCUAUGAGUCGUAUAAAACAGCCCCUGGCCCUAUACCAGAACCAGCCCCCACACCAAGCCAGAAACCAACCCUCACCCCAACCGACAGCCCCACCUUCCUCGAGCGAUUCAACUACCAAACGGGUCUCUAA